AAUUUCAAAUAUUAAUACCAACCCUUCCGUGCCUUUCUCCCUUGCGUUGGCCCCUUCUCCUUCAUUCUUUCAUUGUGUUUAGCGAUGGCUUCCUUCGUCGUCGUCCUCCUCGCCCUCUCCUCCUCCGGCCUCUUCCUUAACCCUGUCACCGGAGUCUGCAUCCCUCGCAACGCCUCGAUCACCUUCGAUUUAGCAGACUCCCCGGUGGCAUUGUCGCCUGAACCGCAGAGUGUUCAGGGGCCAUCCAAACAACAAGAGGCUCCAGCUCCAGCUCCAGCGGCACAGGAUGAUUCUGUUUUGCUGGUUGGUGGCGGCUUCGGCGACGGCCAUCUCUCGCUGCCUCCCCUCCUCCAAGCGGCGGUGGCCUCGCUGUGCCAGAAAACCGACUACCCGGAUCUGUGCUUGUCAUCGGCGCAGCAGUUCCUGUCGGCCAGCGCCGGGUGGCAGGUGGACGCGGUAACGUUUCUGAAGGUGCAAAUGGCGGCGUGCCGAGCGAGGGUGGAGGCGGCGAAGGGAGAGGUGGCGGCGCUGCUGAAGCAGCCAGGAACGACCGCGCGGGUGGCGAGCACGCUCCAGGUGUGCGCCGACAGCUACGACGACGCGUUCGACAACCUGGACGCGGCCGGCAACGCCGUGGCGGCGCGCGACAAAGACACCAUCAACAUCAUGCUCUCCGCCCUCGUCGACGACUUCGCCACCUGCGAGGACGGCUUCGCCGAGAUGCAGGACACCUCGCCGCUCGCCGCCGUCGACGACGCGCUCUCCAAGCUCGGCAGCAACUGCCUCGCCAUCGCCGACUUGAUCUAAAUGAACUUGAAUUGAAGAAAAUUAAACAGAAAUGAAAAAAAGUUGACUGAAUCAUUCAUCUAUUUGAAUCUGGAUUUUUU